CGUUAGAGAAUCGAUUGUCGUCUGCAAUCAACUAAACAUCAGUUAAUUGGAUUAAUUUAUCACCUUCCAUACCAUAAGCGAAAAAAUAAACGUAUAAGGAUGUCUGGAAACUCAAAUAACUCUUCCGAUUCACGAAGAUCCGAUAGGAUUCACCGGUAUAAGGCGUCGGCAUUCAAUCAGAACCAGAAUGGAGAAGACUUGACUCCCGAUUAUAUGAAUGUUUUGGGCAUGGUUUUUAGUAUGUGCGGGCUCAUGAUGAGGUUGAAAUGGUGUGCUUGGGCUGCUCUGUACUGCUCCUGCAUCAGUUUUGCCAGUUCCAAGAUCAACGAUGACACCAAACAAAUCCUCAGCAGUUUCAUGCUCUCCAUCUCUGCUGUAGUCAUGUCCUACCUCCAAAACCCAACUCCAAUGGUUUUACCUUGGUCAACUGUGUGAAAAUUUGCCAUUGUCAUCAAAUCUUUCAAAAAAGAAUUAAAACUGCAAUAGAUUGGCUCAGAAUAAACAAUGAAUUUCUUUCA